CUGGCAUGAUCACACAUUAUUUGUUCUGAAAGAGUGAUUUGUCCUAACAGGUCCGUCAAUGCACCCCUCCGAGUUAAUGGCAGAGAUGCGAAACAGUGGGUUUGCGCUGAAGAAAUGUGUCCUUGGGAGGGACAGCACCAUGAGUGAUCCAGCACAGGAGCUUGUGGCCAGUGAGGAAGACGACCCUGAGGUGGAGUUCCUGAAGUCUCUGACCACCGAAAAAAAGCAGAAACCGCUUGGAAAACUUGACCGUCUUGAAAAGAAAAAGAAGACCAAAAAGAAGCAGAAAAAGAAACCAGUUAAGAGUACGAGUUCAUCCAGCAGCUCAUCAGACAGCAGCGGCGGCUGAAAGAAAGCCAAGAAGAAGAGCAAGAGAAGGAGAGACCCGUCCAGUGACAGCAGCUCUGAGAGAGAGCGCGAGAAAGGCUCCAAACACGCACAUUCAAAACACAAUGAGCACAGAGUUCAGAGGUCACCAGACAAGCACAGCAGAGAGAGAUGGAGAGACGACAAAGAGGGAGGUAGAGAUAGACACAGGAGCAGGAGCCCUCGGUGACAGAGAGAUGAGAAAGAGAGAGGUAAGGAGAGACACAGGAACAGGAGUAGGAGUAGGGAGAGGAGGAGAGAACGGAGCAGGAGCCCUCGGUGACAGAGAGAUGAGAAAGAGAGGUAAGGAGAGAUACAGGAGUAGGAGUAGGGAGAGGAGGAGAGAACGGAGCAGGAGCCCUCGGUGACAGAGAGAUGAGAAAGAGAGGUAAGGAGAGAUACAGGAGUAGGAGUAGGGAGAGGAGGAGAGAACGGAGCAGGAGCCCUCGGUGACAGAGAGAUGAGAAAGAGAGAGAUACAGGAGUAGGAGUAGGGAGAGGAGGAGAGAACGGAGCAGGAGCCCUCGGUGACAGAGAUGAGAGAGAGAGAGGUAAGAAGAGAUACAGGAGCAGGAGUAGGGAGAGAACGGAGCAGGAGCCCUCGGUGACAGAGAGAUGAGAAAGAGAGAGGUAAGGAGAGAUGCAGGAGUAGGGAGAGGAGGAGAGAACGGAGCAGGAGCCCUCGGUGACAGAGAGAUGAGAAAGAGAGAGGUAAGGAGAGAUGCAGGAGUAGGGAGAGGAGGAGAGAACGGAGCAGGAGCCCUCGGUGACAGAGAGAUGAGAAAGAGAGGUAAGGAGAGAUACAGGAGUAGGAGUAGGGAGAGGAGGAGAGAACGGAGCAGGAGCCCUCGGUGACGGAGAGAU